UUGGGCUUGAGUGUUUGGGCUGUGCAUUCCCAUGUCCAAAGCCCACAACUUAACGGCGCCACACACCUACUUCCAACAGAGCCGAUCCGCAGCUUGAAUCCAUUAUUUUGCACGACGAAUCAUCUUCUUCGGGACACGAUCUCCUACGCCGUCGGUAUCUACCUGUGUCUUCGCCUCGCCAUCUCGCGGUUCGUCUUCCUCGGUCGUGUCGUUGCCUCCAGAAGGAAGAUUUUUCAAUUCUUGGUAAGAGAUGGUUGUACUGUGAUCGAUCUAUGCGUUUCAGUUAUCGACGUCGGGAAAAUGUUCGGAUCGGGUUGGAUCUGGUGGCGAGUUACAAGGCAGAACAAACCGAAGUCUUUAGAAAAUGCCGAUGAGGCAGAAUUCCCAAAGUAUAGGAAGUGCCGUAUGACACUCUCUAAACGCAUCGUUUUUCGUCGUCUUCUCCACCUUUCCCAUCCACCGGCACCAUGCUUUUGUCUCUGUGGAAAAACCUUGUCCGCCGAUUGGGAUCGUGUAGCUUCCGUCGAGCUGCGUGUGUGA